GGCCGGGGCCCGGUGGGCCGGGCGCCCGGUGCUCACCCGCCGGAGCCAACUUGCCAUAGGCUCAGGCCCACGCCCUAAGGGGUUAAUCCUUUCUCAUGUUACCGAGCGGCUUAUAAGGAGGGGGAGGCCAAGCCUCCGCCUUAUUGGGAGCCUUUUGGGGUUUAUUCUCUUCCCUUCUAACUUGAUUAAGAAUGACCCAAAAGAAAUCACAGCUUUGUUCCAGAGCCAAUGUUUAUACUCAAGUGCCUGAUGGAGGAUGGGGCUGGGUGGUCGCUGUUUCUUUCUUCUUCGUUGAAGUCUUCACCUAUGGCAUCAUCAAGUCGUUCGGUGUCUUCUUUAAUGACUUAAUGGACAGUUUCGAUGAAUCUAACAGCAGGAUCUCGUGGAUAAUAUCAAUUUGUGUGUUUGUCUUAACAUUUACAGCUCCCCUCUCCACUGUCCUGAGCUCCCGUUUUGGACACCGUCUGGUGGUGAUGGCGGGAGGGCUGCUGGUCAGCACAGGGAUGGUGAUAGCAGCCUUCUCGCAGGCGGUUUACCAGAUGUACAUCACCAUCGGCAUCAUCUCUGGUCUGGGAUAUUGCUUCAGUUUUCUCCCCACUGUCACCAUCCUGUCACAGUACUUUGACAAAAGACGCUCCGUGGUCACGGCCGUUGCUUCUACGGGAGAAUGUUUCGCUAUGUUUGCUUUUGCACCAGCCAUCAUGGCGCUGAAGGAGAGCAUCGGCUGGAGAUACAGUCUCCUGUUCGUGGGCCUCCUGCAGCUGAACAUUGUCGUCUGCGGAGCGCUGCUGAGACCCCUCGUGAUCAGAGGGCCGGGGACGCCGAAAGCCACCAGCCACGACAGCCGGAGAGAAGCGCAGUAUAUGCUCGAGAACGAGAAAACACGCACCUCCAUAGACUCCAUUGACUCAGGAGUAGAACUAACUACCUCACCAAAAAACGUGCCUAGUAACACAAACACGGACCCGGAGUCCAAGGCCGACCUACAGCAGAUCCUGGGCAAACCCGGCUCCAAGCAGAGCGACCCCAAGGCCCCGCUGCUGGACUUCUCCAUCUUGAAGGAGAAGAGUUUUAUCUGUUAUGCGUUCUUCGGUCUCUUUGUGACCCUGGGAUUCUUUGCACCUUCUCUGUACAUCAUCCCCUUGGGCAUCAGUCUGGGCAUUGACCAGGACCGCUCUGCUUUUUUAUUAUCCACCAUGGCGAUCGCGGAAGUGUUUGGAAGGAUUGGCGCGGGUCUGGUCCUGAACAGAGAGCCCAUCCGUAAGAUCUACAUCGAGCUCAUCUGCGUCGUCUUGCUGACUGUGUCUCUGUUUGCCUUUACUUUUGCGACGGAGUUCUGGGGUCUGAUGUCCUGCAGCAUAUUCUUCGGGAUUAUGGUCGGGACGGUCGCAGGGACCCACAUUCCGCUGCUCGCCGAGGACGACGUGGUAGGGAUCGAGAAGAUGUCCUCAGCGGCUGGAGUCUACGUCUUCUUCCAGAGUAUAGCGGGACUGGCCGGACCACCCCUUGCAGGUCUGCUGGUGGACCAGAGCGAGAUCUACAGCAGAGCCUUCUACUCCUGCGCCGCCGGCAUGCUCGUGGCCGCCGUGUGCCUGGCGCUCGUGAGGCCGUGCAAGAAGGGGCUGUGCCGGCGGCCUCGCGCCCGGGAAAGGAGGGCCGAGAGCCGUUGGGGGAAAACUUUACCCGACAUCCCCGAGGACUUCCUGGAAAUGGACCUUGGGAAGAAUGAGAAUAAAGCUCCUGUGAGAAUGGAGCCCGUAUGACGCCCUUCCAGGGCACGUGGGCCGCCCUGCUGGCUGGGGAGGGCGGGGGGCCAGGGGACCGAGGGCGGUGGAGGAGCUGACCACUCUACCCGCUUGCAAACUACACUUUAAAGGGAAUGUAUCCGUGAACACCAUGACCAACAUCCUUUUCUUCUUUCUUUUAAAUUUUCCUUUUUUGCUUGUUUUUUCAGCCAAAACAAAGACAACCAAACACCCUUUCCGUACGUACAUACACCUGGCUGUAUUCAGUAGCAAUACACAGCUAGAGGAGGACUCUGGUUCACAUUCUGGUUUUAAAAUAGUGACAUGAAUUGGCAAAGUGGUUUUAAGGGCUCUCACAUGUGAUAAACUACUAUCUUAUUAGAAAAUGACACCUGGCCCAGGCCAUUGAAGUGAAAUCAGCCAUUCCAAAAAAGAAAAAAAAAAAUCUUGCAUCAUCAUUUUAAAAAUUUCUCAUUUUCAGAAAUAUGAACAAAUUGUUUAAAACCCUUUGAAAAAUACUGAGGUUUCCAUUCACAGAUUCGGGCCUCUUGAUUUUCCAAAUAUUCCAUGGAAGUGAAGUAUAGCUUAAGACCAAACAUUUGGCUAACAAAUGGAAAUUUUUAAAAUAUAUGUAACUUGAACUUCAUAAAUGUGAAGAUUACCACUUCUUUUUAAGGCCAGUCAUUACCAGAAGUAUUUCAAUACAGAAUACACAACAUGACAUUCAAAAAUGUGUUUCCUGUUGCUUUUAAUUAUUCAGAAAUAUAUGAUUGUAGUGUCUUUAAUUUAAACCACUAUUUAUUAUUAAGUUAUUCUAGGAUGAUUAAAGUAAUCAAAAGAAAGAAAAUUUGAGACAUAAGCAGAAUUUUUACCUCCUUUCUGCAAUCCUUUAAAUGCCUCAAAGAAUAUGUCUUAACUUGUAAAGUUACUCUCAUAAAAGGCCAAGUUGUAAUGAUUCUUCAAUUUGAUAAAAGGCAACGUGUGUGAUUUAAAGGGGCGGGAGGGGAGGGGGAGACAAGAGCAAAUCGCCUUAGCUUUUUAAAAUGAUUUGUUUUAUUGCCUAAGAAUACUUGAGGAUCUUCUUUGAUCAGAGUUAUAUUUCAUGGAAUUGUUAAAGCAUUUCUGAUUUUUUUAAAAAAAAAUACGUCUAACUGUUGAAGCAUUUCUGUAUUUCACAUGGGGUGGCAGAGACAUUUGUUUUACCAUCACGAGUUAUAGGUUGCAAUUUACGUCAUAUAUAAACCUUGAUUGCUCUGUGCUGCCAGAGUUAUCGGGUUAACUGGUCAUUGUCUUUCUGGAGUUACACUACAUGUAUAGUAUUUCUAUGUGCGUAUUUUUCUGUAAAAGGGCAAGUGUGAGGAUAACAGGUGGACUCCUGUGUCCUGAAUCUCACUCUGCAGGUGAUGGUCAGUACCGCUGCUCCAUUUUAUUCAUCAUUUACUGUUAAUUUAUGACAACUCAGGGGGAAAAAAAAUAUAACAAGCCUAGUUUGGUUACAGGUACACACAAGCUUGAAUAUUUCUCUGCACUGAAAUGAAAGUGACAUAUAGUUCAUCACCACCUGCUACAUUUUGUACAGCAUUUGAUCAGCCAUAGAAAUAGGACAAUCUGUAAAACUUUGGGGGGGGGCAGGGGAGGAAAUGACAAAGUGUCCGUCUAAAACAGACACACCACAGACAAGGUGGAUGUAGCAAAUCUCUGUCACUGCCAGAGAAGGACUUGGAGCUUGUGGCAGUUUUGCAGACUUCCGUGACUUCAGCACUUUACCACAUUUUUUACUAUGAAUGUUCAAUACAACUUAAUAUUUAUAACUGGUUUCUGAGCGAUCCGCUCGAUGUCCAUUCUGUUAACUGCAUGAAAAAAAAACUGUAUGCCAAUUUCAGUAUGUCAGUAAUCAAGGUUUUACAUGUUUGGAAGAAAAUGAAAGCAGGAUUGCUGAUUUGUUCUGUAUUAGUGACAUUCUGGUACUUCUAGAUUUGCAAUAAAUAUAUGGCUUUUUUUAUUUAAAAA